AUUCGUCGUAAAACCCGCGACGGCCUGCUUGAUUUUUGAUUGUCUAAAUCGUCUUCAUUGUGACAACUGACGCGAAGCGCAACGUUUUCUAUCGUUUAAAUUCGAAGUGUUUGUUUUUCGAAAUAAAAAAUAUAUAAAUUUCUCGCGUUUAUCGUUCGAAAAAAGCAUGCCGGUCGAUCAGGAAUUGAACCAAGUGCUGGUGAGAAGGCAGGAGAUGAACGAGGCGCUCGACAACGGCGACGAAAUCGAAAUCAAAUACCGGGUGGUGAACGUUUACACCGAAUUCAAGGAAUUCGCGAGGAAGGAGAUCAAAAAGUACGAGGACACUUUUAAAAAAUUCAACACCAACAAGGACGGCUACCUCAGCCUGGACGAGCUCAAACGCAUGAUGGAAGUCCUGGGGGCGCCUCAAACUCACCUGGGGCUCAAAUCGAUGAUCCAGGAGGUGGACGAAGACGAUGAUGGGCGAUUGUCCUUCCACGAAUUCAUGCUGGUGUUCAGGAAGGCCCGAGCCGGGGAGCUCGAAGAGGACUCGGGCUUGGCCCAGCUGGCGAGGCUCACCGAGAUCGAUGUGGAUAAAGUCGGAGUGAAUGGGGCUAAAGAGUUCUUCGAAGCGAAGAUCAUCGAGUUGGCUAAAAAGGGGAAAUUCGAAGAGGAAAUAAGGCAGGAGCAGGAGGAGAGGAAGCGUUUGGAGGAGGAGAAGGCCAUGAGGAGGAGGGAGUUUUUGCAAAAAGCGGCGGUUUUUAAGUAAAAUCGUUUUGGAUUUUGUAUAUCGAUCGAAUUGUAAUUUUUUUAUAUAUAAAUUUAUCUUGUAAAUAACAUAACGAAUGGUUAGUUUUAUUUGAUUUCGCUUUAAGCUUAAAGUGUGUAAAUAUUUUAUUCGACGCUCUAUUGAAUAAACGAUUGAAAUUAUAGUUUUUUUUAUUCCCAUUUCGAAACUCGAUUGGAUGUUAACACUACAAAAACGCCCGUAUUUACUCCAAAUCCAAUUAUAAUUAUACAUUAAAAUUAGAUUAACAAAUUUCAAAAUUACACUAAAACGUUCACCUAAAAAAUACAAUUCGGAAAAAAUGUUUUUUUGAUACAAACAGAAAAAAAAAAUUAUUACCACUUUUACGAAUAACCGUUGCAAUGAUUAUGGAAAUAUUCAAAUGCUCUUCAAACCCCAGCAUUAAUAAAUAUAAAGUAACCUUGUAAUCGUUUUUAAACAAUGAUUCUAUCGCAACCUUUAUUCAAACGAUGACUUGAGUAUCCAGAACAAUAUUAACUAUUUCUCAAUAAAAAAAAUCAAUAAUAGAAAUAAUAAAAAUCAACCUAAUCAAUGUACUGCGCCAACCAACGAAACCCUUCCCCGUAUCCCUGCCUCUUCAAUAUGGAGCACAUAAACAGCUCGAAAGGCCUUCCGGGCAAAUCCGAUCGAGCGACUUUACCUUUACCGGUCGUUUGGCCAUACAACGAGUAAACGUUUCGCAACUCAUCCUCAGAGGCGGCGUCCGGUAGAUCGAUUUUAUUGCCUAGAAUCAGCACGGGGCAAUUCGCUAGGGUUUCGUCUGUUAGUAAAGCAU